AUGAGGGCCAAGGUUUACACCCGCACACCAACCUUAUAUUUGGACUUCAAAUUGGACCAAGGAGCAAAGCAUUCCCAGCCUAUUCCCAAAGGGUGGACGAGCUUCAUUUAUACCAUAUCUGGAGAUGUGUACAUUGGGCCUGAUGAUGCACAACAAAAAAUAGAACCUCAUCACACAGCAGUGCUCGGUGAAGGUGACAGUGUCCAGGUGGAGAACAAGGAUCCCAAGAGAAGCCAUUUUGUCUUAAUUGCUGGGGAGCCAUUAAGAGAACCAGUUGUCCAACAUGGUCCAUUUGUGAUGAACACCAAUGAAGAGAUUUCUCAGGCCAUUCUUGAUUUCAGAAAUGCAAAAAAUGGGUUUGAAAAGGCCAAAACCUGGAAAUCAAAGAUUGGAAACUAGUGAAGAGCACAGAGCAGGUCUCGAUGCUUCCUAGAAUUUGGCCAUUGGUGGCAUACAGCCAUUCAAGAGCUUUCGUUUCUAAAGCUGUCUUAGCAAGUGCUUCUAAAGAAUUCCACACUAAAAUGGUAACAUGGUUUUUGUAGCAAUCCACGUGGAUAUUUCCUGGCACAUGCUAAUAAACCUAAUCUUUGCUUCUUUAAAAA